AUGUCCACUUUUCACGUUCUGUCCGAGGCGUCCGGGGGGACUUUUGAGAUGGAUGAAAAUGUCCGGUUUCCUAUAGCCUACAGAGGACCCAUAUCUGCAACGUCAUCCCCGAACUGCUGUGCUGUGCUGGCCACGGGUCUGUCCGGUCUGUACUCGUCUCUUCCGGCUCGGCUGCAGGUUUACAGCGAGGACUGGCACUCUCUGGACCAGCGGACUGGCAGCAGUGCUGUUACCAAGGUGGCUCAUCCGUCCAUCCGCUCCCAGCUGCUUGGUUACAUCUACAAUGGCUUCCUUGUGCCUGUACUUGCUCCGGCUCUGCACAAGCUGACGGUGGAGGAAGUGAUGACUACCACAGCAUACUUGGACCUGUUCCUGCGCUCCAUCUCUGAGCCCGCCCUCCUCCAGACCUUCCUCUCCUUCAUCCUGCUGCACACACAUGACAACGUUCACAUCCUGGACACACUGGUCAUUGGGCACGGUGUCGCUGCUCUGUUCAGGACUCUGAUUGGGCUCUUCUGUGAAGAUGUCAUGCUGCAGCUGGUCUUCAGGUAUCUGAUUCCCUGCAGCCACCUGAGCAGGAAGCAGCGCUGCUUCUUGAAGCAGAGGGACUGUUACUCCUCCAGUGCUGCCUCCUUCCUACUGCUGAUGCCCUCCUGGUUCCCUUUGCAGCUCCAAAACUCACUCACACACUCAGAGCACAUCCACUGGCCCAAAGCAACCGAUCUGUCAGUGUCAGACAGCGUUGGUUACUGUCGUGGUUCAGACUUCCUGAUGGAUGUAAACUACCUCCAUUACCUCUGGGAUGCCUGUCAGGCUAUCUCCACUGCCCGCAGGUCUUGCCGUUUAUGGUCGGCUUCUUAUGAUGGCAUCAAUCCUCCACUUCAAGAGUAUCGAUCUGAUACACCUGGUAACAACAUGGAAGAUGAGGAAGAGUUCAUGCAGCGAGUCAAGAGCGACUCCAUCUGCUCACUGGUUAUCAGUCCUCUGCCCUCUGCCCUCUCCCCUACACCAUCCUCUUUAGAUAACAGCCAAGCGGGCAGAGCCAGCUCCGCCCUUGAACUGGAGUGGGAUGACAUUUUUGCAGAUGACAAUCCCUUGGUUUCAGCUGUGGUAAACGUGGUGCUGGCGAAUGGGGAUGUAUCAUUGGAGGCAGACACAUGCACAUUUCCGCCAGCACCUCCCCCACUGCCUCCUCGACACAUCCAGGAAAUGCGGCGCAAUGCAACCAAGCUGGUGCGCGGCUCUUAUGUUGAAGAAUCCGAGUUUCAGGAUGACGUUCUUGUCUAUGAUCUCAUUGCUAAAAAGGAUGCAAAGGCAGCCAUUUUGGAUCGGAUCAUGCUGGCAAAUCGCCAAUCCCGUGGAGCAUCUCGAAAGGACAGCGAGUUUCAGCAACAGCGACAACAUUAA